CACACACCCACCCAUUGCCCAUAAAUGGCCCGACACCAUUGCGUUCCUCGUAUACGGACAUCCAACAUGGCGCUGUGCGGACCGAUUUGCCUGCUCCUGAUGGCUUCCGCCUGCGUGAUCGGAGUCUUUUCGGACGAUGGAAAGAUUGUGAAUGGAACUACCGCAUCGCCGGGCGAGUUCCCCUUUGUGGUGUCACUGCGUCGCGCCAAAAGCGGUCACCAUUCUUGCGGGGCCACGCUGCUCAAUUCGGACUGGGUGCUGACGGCUGCACACUGCGUGAAGGGAUCGACGCCACAGCAGCUGAACCUGCAGUACGGCAGCCAAAGUUUGGCGAGAAAUGCGAGCAAAGUGGUGCAGGUGGUCGCGAUUCAUGUGCAUCCCGGCUAUGAGCCACAGGACAAGUAUCUGAACGACAUUGCGCUGCUGCAGCUGAAGGAUUCCGUUGUCCUGGGCACACGCGUCCAACCGGUUCGCUUGCCGACACCGGAGCAGCCGACAUUCGCCAACAGCAGCGCCGUGCUCGCUGGCUGGGGAUUAAAUGCGACGGGAGGCGUGGUGCAGCAGCAGCUGCAGAAGGUCCAGCUGCAGGUGUUUAGCGACGAUGAUUGCAGCGAUCGUCACCAGACUCAGUUGCACGCCAGCCAGAUCUGCGCCGGAGUGCCCGAGGGCGGCAGGGGCCAGUGCAGCGGCGAUUCCGGUGGUCCGUUGCUGCUUGCCGGAUCAGACACACAGAUCGGUAUUGUGUCCUGGAGCGUGAAGCCCUGUGCCCGUCCGCCCUAUCCGGGCGUUUUCACAGAGGUGUCUGCACAUGUCAACUGGAUUGUGGAGACGGUGGGUGCUGCCGCCUCCACGUCGUCGUGGCUCUGGAUUGGUCAACUGAUUGUGGGCCGCACGCCGCCAGUUUUGUCGCCCUAAAGUCGUAUCAACCCACUUGGAAAUAAAAAUCCUUUGCAUUUACGCUAACUCUAUCUAAUUUUGUCCUAAACAAUUUGCCUAAAGGAACACGAACGAACAAAC